AUGCUUCACCAAAGUUUCGGCCCAUUAAGUUCAGUACCUCUCCACACGGUGGGUCCGCAACAGCUGGAUGAUGUUACGUUGCAACCGGUCUAUGUUAAUUGGAUGCGAUUCGAUAAGAAUUUUUGGGUAAUCCAUACACUUCCUUCCACCGCUUUUUCACCACAAGCCUUUAUCACCUUAUCCGGCUUAUGGAUCCCGGCACACUUGAGGAAUCUCUUUAGAGAGGCAGCAGGAAAUCCUCUACAGCCAACCUCAAAUGGCACCAGGGUGCAGCCAUAUCCUCUCUCACGGACUUCAGCCACCAGUUCCUCAUACCGAAGCAACUUUCUUUCAUGCGCCUUUUCAAUCCCUUCUUCCCAUGCUACUGUCAGUUCGCCAAGCAACAGAUCUGGUCGCAGACCAGACGCAAUGACCUCCACUUGGCAGUGUAGCAUCAACCAACACUCUCCACUUCCUUCUGCCUUGUGUCAGUCGCAACUUGCUUCAUGA